CUGACACAGACUCACUUAGUGGUGGAGAGAGUUGCGACAAAUGAUUCUGGAAAGUAUACUUGUGGAGCAGAAGAUGACAGUGGACACCACUUUACUGAUUCCAUAAACAUUACAAUCACAAGUAAGUUAUAACUCGUGUAUGCAGGCGUUAAAGGAGCUGUGUCACGAAAUCCAUCCAAAUUAGGAAAUUACAAAAUGUCUGUUAAAUUAAGAGAAACAUAAAAAUAAACUUUAAAGGAAGGUUAAAAUAAUAUAACAGAAACAAGAGAUGCCACGGAUGGGCAAAACUGAAGAAGAUUGAAACGGAUUGAAAUUAGGAUUUUUGAAAACUGUUCAGCCUAACAGUUUUUCAAAGUUGAUCCCUGCUGCUUGCAACUUCAAAAAUAAUGCUCAGGAGACAUAUUUGUUUGUCUCGGAUUUCUGAUUUUGUCAUUUACGCGAUUUUUACGUGUAAUUUCUUUGCUUACUUUAAGUUCCAUAGCGAUUGAGGGCGAGUAAUUCGCAAAAUUAAACAAAAUGGACACAGCCCCUUUAAGCAGUAGCUUUUCUCAGUCAUGAAAACCAAGCUAACCUAGCCAACGGUUGGCUAGAGCGUUGCGUACAUGAUACGCACAUACGCCCGUGUAUACGUACACCUUAAAUCCGGCGCGCUAUUUCGCAGACGGACUUAACCAAAGUUUAGUGGCACAGGCUACCCCAAAUGGAGAGCUUACUUGUAGGCUAAUAAAUUUGCUUCUUCCCUCACUAUUUCAAAUUAAUGUUGGCGUACUCUGUUGGAGUUGAAUUCCAGUGCGCCAUCCAAGUUUUGAAAGAGGAAGAAAACUUUCUUGUCGUUUGAUUUCACAUAGUAAACCUACUCUUUUUACUCUUUUUUGUAUUCUGACAUUCUCGUUGCCGUCGCUGUCGUGACUUUUUAAAACUCCUUGAUAUUAAAUGUCGGUCACAUUGUGUUUCUAGUUAAUUUUACUUUUCUUGACAGAGGUUUUUCCGCCAACGAUUCUCAGUUUUUCGAACCAAACAGUGUACAAGAACACAACCGUGAAAUUGAGAUGCAACAUUUCUGCUUAUCCGGCUCCAACGGUUGAGUGGUUCAAAGACGGGACGUCUCCUGAAAUGACACCAGUCACUAUGGAAGAGUCGGACUCUUGCGAAAGCAGAAAGCUUCGUCCAGGUUUCUAUCAGGUGGAUAAUUAUGUUGGCCAGCUGUUGAUAUGUUCACCUUCACAUGCUGAUCAAACUGGUUUUUACACGUGUCAAGCUACUAACAGGCAAGGGACAAGUAAUGCCACGGCUUUCUUGGAUGUUUUGGGUAAGGGCUAAUUUAAGGACGGUUAAAUGAAUUUGUGCACUUAAAAUAAUACAGACUGGUCGUUUACUCCUCGCGCUGUAAAUGCUGUAUAUUGACCAUUUUCUGUAUAUUAAAAUCAACUUGAAGAAUAGAUUCUUUUAUUCUGUUUACCCCAAGCCUCAAAGCCAAGUAUGAAUUUAAAUACAGUGGAACCUCCAUGUGCGACCACCUCUCUUAAGUGACCACCUCCCACCUGCGACCGUCAAUCCAAAACACCAAAAUUUCAAAUUUUCCCAAUCAAAGCCUUACAGUUUGAACCUCUAGUAAACGACCACCUUGUGUAAGCAACCGCGACCACUUUUUGAGCCUGACGGUUAAUGAUUUUCCAUUGUUUUUAACCUCUUGUAAUCGACCAAUUGGUGUACAUAUGUAUUCUCUAAUCUCUAUUUUUGCUGUGUGCACUAUAUUACUUAGAAUAUACAGAGAACUUUAGAGACAACAUGAAACUGCAUGUACACAUAUACUACCUUUGACAUUGCAUGCAAUAAAUUAUUUUCCAUAAAGUAGAUGUUCCUCGACCUCUUCUCGCAAGAGACCGCCUGUGGUUCGAUUCUUGUAAACGACCGCCUCCCGUAAGCGACAACUCUAUCUUUGCAUUUUGGGUGGUCGCUUACGGGAGGUUCGACUGUACAUAAGACAUGCUCUGUUGUUACAAAUAUUUCUUUAUUUAUGCAUUUUUCAUUCAUUUAUUUAUUAUUUAGUUAUUUUGUUAGUUAUUGGCCGAUUAAAACGUGGUAUACGAAAAAACUAGCAAUCUACUGAGAAGAUUAAAGGAGACAUAGAGGAUAUCACAUGGCCGCACGGAGAUACGAAAUUUCUCUUCUCAUGUUGAAAAGAAUAUUUCACUCGUUCGCUGCGCUCACUCGUGAAAUAUUUUUCAACACUCGAAGAGAAAUUUCGUAUCUCCAAGCGACCAUGUAAUGUUCUAUUGAUUACAUAAACACCAAUGAAAUGCCAAACCAUUUUACUGAAAUAGUUUUUUGGUCUGCAAGGUGCGGUUUAUUAUGAAGCCAUAGCAAUGGUGAUAUUUUCAUAAGUGAAGAUAACAUGUUAUUUUUACAUGUGAAGAUGACAAUUUUCGCGCGAAAGCUCACUUGGUAUUUCAUUGGUGUUUAUAUAAUAAAAUAUGAUACCAAAUUAAUUUAAAAAGUUACUCCAGCCCCCGUUCCAUUCGCAAUGACUGCGAAGAUUCAGAAAAUUGGAAUAAUCAUGAGAAAGCAAGUACAGUAUACUAAAUAGUAAGCUAUGACAUUGUAACACACAUGCCCAAAAAAGAAGGGAGGGGGGGACUGAUUGAGCACGAACACAAGGUAAUAAUAUAUAGAUUUAGCCAGGGCUAAAAGCGAAGCUCCUGUAUAUUAACUCGAAUUGAUAAUUUAAAUCAAACAAUAAACUUGUUUUCCACAAUUCAGUUAACUUUAGAGCUUAUUCAUGUGACUUUUGAGAAAAGACCAUGGCCGAGUUGUUCAAAGCUGGGUUAAGACAACCCAGGGUUAGUGCGAGAUUUGAAUUCAAAUUUGAAAGCUUAAAAAGCAUUUCAGUUUUAAUUCUUUUUGUCUACAAGUUGAUGAUUGAAAGCUCUAAAUAUAACAGAGAAAAUUAUCCGAGAAAAUGCUUUUGAAAACAAGAAAAAAAAAACCGGGUUAAAUUUAACCCCGGGUUAAGCGCUAAUCGGCCUUCGAACAACUGGGCCCAUAUUUCUAAUACUAAACUAGGAAAAGGCGAUCAUUAUUACAUCCAAACACGGCACAAGGAUCUUUUUUCCCAUUACAAUCUUAUUCUAAGUAAACGUUAAGAAAAAAUGUCCCGAAAAGCGCUCGAAAGUACAAACAAAAUGUGCUCAUGCCCCCUGGGCAUUCUAUAAUGCUCAUUAAUUCAAUAUGGCCGCCGUAUCGGUAAAAAGGUCUAUUGAGCUAUGAAGACCCAUACAUUGGGAGCAGGUUAAUUUGAUGAGCUCAUCUUAACCCGUGAAUGUAAUGAAGCAAUGAAGAUGAUGUGAACUGCCGAAAUACAAAUAUCUUAAAUGAAGAUAUGAUCAUCGCAGUGGUAAUUGCAAUUUUAGCAAUUGCAAAUUAACAUGAGAAAACCCAAGAAGUCUCGAUUUUUUUUUCAACAAAUUGGCCAGCUUUCAGUGCAUGGGUCUUCAUAGCUUAAUUGGUUAGAGCACUGCAGCGCUAACGCAGAGGUCAUGGGUUCGAAUCCCGUUGAAGUCCCGGAUUUUUUCUCGGAUUAAUUUGCAAUUGGUUGAAUUGCAAUUACCACUGCGACGAUCAUAUCUUUAUUUAAAAAAUUUUGGAAUGUCGUAUGAAUUUUAUUUGAAUCAGCCCUGAUAAAAUUUAUACGUCAAGUAAUUGUUCUCACUUCGAAAUUUGAGCCCUACUUAGCAGCUGUGCAUGAUAUGAGUUACCCCCGGCGAGAUUACUAAUUUCCCCUUUGAAGCUGCAAUGAUGUGAUUUGAAAGUCGACGAUUUUUUACAUAAUUAUUGUGUCCACAUCAGAUGCUUGUGUUUCUGGGUCCAUGCACUCUAGAAUUAGUCCUGCUUUUGAAAAAGUUUGAGUAGUUGAAAAUUGGAAGAGCUGUUCUCUUGUGGCUCAGCUCAUGUUGAAUUUAAUAAAUGGCUGUUGUGGCUCUUGCUGAACUUAAUGCUGCGAGGGUCAUUUGUUCAUCUUUUUUUAUUAUUAUUAUUUUUUUUUUGUCACAGAGGACCCAAACGUUUUUAUAAUCCCAAGCAAGGACGUCUUCCAGGUGAAGCUGGGCGCACUGUGGAAUGUAACAUGCAAAGCCACAGGAAACCCGAUGCCAUUUGUGCAUUGGAGAAAAGAAAAAACACAAGAGGAUGUCACUCCAAAACGCCGUGCCCCUGAAGUUGUGAUGCUAACCAUAUCACCCGUUACUGAAGCCGACUUGGGAGACUACACUUGUGUGGCAGAAAAUUCCCAGGAUGUUACGACUGCGCAUGUUAAGCUAGGUGAGCCAGUUAUUUUAAGACUCUGAGUAUUGGCCCGGCUCGGGAAUCUAACCCACGAACUCCCGCUCUGCAGUCAAGCGUUUUACCGACUGACCUGACCCUUCCUUUAGUCUCCUUCACAGCCGUUUUUGGUACAUUACGUACUUCAGGAGCUUUGCGUGAUGGCACUGAAAACGGCUGCAAUGAAAACUAUUGAAGCCUGUAGCUGAAAUUAAAGAUUUGCCGUCUAUUUUAAUAUCAGAAAUAACUGCGGGGUUAAAGCUUUUGACUGAAAAGUUUCUCAGUGUCUUUAUAUUAGAAACAGUACAUGAGUGAUACCCAUUGUUGCAGUUAGUUUUAUUGUUGUUAGUUUGAUGGCCUUUACUUUCACUACUCUUGUAACUCAGAGGUAAUUCACCAGGACCAUAGAACCAGAAGGUAACAAAAAUCGUUCUUCCUGUGGAGUGGCAAGUGAAAUUAUAUCUAUGUUAGUUCUCCACCUGACUAUUCAACAAAAGAAAAUGUGGCACAAUGAUCGAAAAGAGAUGGUGAAUUAUAAGGCUGGUGAAUACAUGAUAAAGAUGUUUUUUGGUCCGCCGUGACACAGGCGGCUCGGAACUGGAAAAGUUCGAGUACUCCCUACAGUUCUUAGGUUUGAAUCCUGUUGGGAGACUUGGGAUUAUUCGGAGUUUUUCCCGCAAGCCGCCUGUGUUAUAACUGCGGAACGAAAUAGAACAUCUUUCUUAAAAGAUUGGCCUUUUUACCACUUUUGAUUGUGGGCCAUCUUAGCAAGUCUUGUGCUACGCAUUGCCAAUACAUUUGGGAUCAUUAUACUUUUCUGGGAAACUGCCCACCUACCCCUCUCCUAAGCCAAUAUUUUGCCCCAAGUGAGAAGUAAGUGUUAGGCUUAGGGGAGGGGUAGGUGGGCACCCAGAAACGUAUAGCUAUAAUGAUCCAUAUAAUGUCAACCUAAAUUUUUCCCAUAUUUACUGAAGCAAUAGAUGAUAUUAUCUUUAUGGGUUUAACAGUACUCAGCAACUUUCCAGAUGUAUCUGCAACGCGAGGUCUUAGUAAGGAAGCCACUGUUGCCCUUUCUGUAGCUGGAGCAAUCGUGUUGCUCUGUAUCGUCCUGGCCUUCGCCUUCUGUUGCUUUUUUCGUCGUCAACAGAAGCAGAUUGCGGAGAAUCGUAGCCAGUUUUUCAAAGUACACUCAGAGGAAUACCAGGUAAAUAUCGGUGCAAAAGUAAACAACUACAGUGAAACCACUAUUAACCGGACACCUUCGCGGCCUUCCCAAGUGUCCGCUUAAUAGAGGCUGUCCGCUUAAUAGAGGUUUGUAAAAAUUGCGUAAUGUUUGUUAGCGAUUACAUUCAACGCUUACUCUGUACUUUGAUAAAGUUCCAUGUUGGUAAGGAAGCUAAGGAAGCUGUGCUGUACUUUGUGCAAGACUUUUAGGUGAACUUUUGACAGCUAAAUUAAUGUAUUGAUUUAUCUUUAUUAAUCGACGACAGUAUGUAUUUCAAGGACAUAAUCCAAUACUAUUAUUGUCAAUUCAGUCCGGUGUCCGCUUAAUAGAGGUUUUUAACGGUAGAAAUUAGCCAAAUACAAUUUAUUUUAGUGUCCGCGUCUGCUUAUUAGAGGUGUCCGCUGAAUAGGGGUUCGUUAUAAAGGCCGGCACCGGGCUUAGUGUCCUCUUAAUUGGGAGCUCGCUUAAUUGAGGUUUCACUGUACAUUCAAACCUGUAUUACGCGGUCACCUCUGGGGAAUAGCUUACUGACAAGUUUGAGAAACUUAAAAGUUAUCCAAUGAAGGUGGUGAAAGAGCGACAAAUUGACCUCAAACGGUUUACCAGUUUCUGAUUACCAAUUUCUACCACUUCUUGUGCCAAAGCAAAUGAAGUAAAAGACCACUAAACGCCAUACACAGUGUAUAUGUUGCACUAAUACGGUACGUGUUGUCCAAGUGGCCGUUUAAUAGAGGUGAAGACAAUAACACAACAACUUGUUGGGACGUCAUAAAAUAUAAUGAACAUAGUGUUAAAACAUUCAUUGUCUUGUUUUAGUUUGACCCUGAUCGCACACUGCUUGAACAAUGUAAUGAUCUUCCUUAUGACCCUGAUUUCGAGUUUCCUGAGGACAAGCUCAUUCUUGGGGAGGUGCUUGGAUCAGGGGCCUUUGGAAAGGUCAUUAAAGCAGAGGCUAUAGGAAUGGACGACUUUAGUCCCAGAGACAAAAGUCCAGUAAAAGGUGGACCGCGACUCAGUCUGCUCCGGCGAUACAUAAACUGCAGCAAAACAUACUACGAUUCUAGAGUUAGCGCUUCUAAGAAGACCACUGUUGCUGUUAAGACCCUUAAAGGUAACGUAAUAAAGUUUUUUAGAACUUAAUGCCGUUAAGAAAGAUCGACUGCAACGUCUCUUAAAUUGAAUUUCCUGCUGGGGGUGGUGGAGGUGAGAAAUGAACUUGGCUGGUAGUAACCUACGCAUCGACUUGGAGACGAGAAUGAGGCGGGGGAGGAGAUUCUGAGUACAUUACUGAGAAAAUUUAUGAUCAGCUAAAGAUUAACGAAGCUGGGGGUUGAAAGUUGCUUUUUUUGGAGAGGGGUGGGGGGCGGUAACAGACUUCACUUCGACAGGUGUCACCCUUUUUCAAUUGACAAAGCUUUCACAGGGUCAAAUCAGUGCCCCUCUCUCAGUUUACAGACUUUUUACAAGGUUGUUUACAGGUUCAAGAAAGCUCUCUUCUGUAAUUUACAUGUUGUUUACAGUAUUCUGGCACCGUUUAUUUACAUGCUAUUUACUUUUGUGCACUUCAGAGGGAGCUACUAUAGAGGAGUAUAGAGACCUGGCUUCAGAACUGAAAAUUCUUAUGCACGUUGGAGUACACACAAAUAUUGUAAACCUUCUCGGUGCUUGUAUCAAGCGCGACGGUAUCCUUGUUAUUCUGGAAUAUGCACCAUAUGGGAGUUUACUAAAGUUUUUACGAGGCAAGCGAGAUGUUUAUGAAGCAACCUGGUCUACGACUACCAGUGACCCAGAAAUACGGUUAGAUAUAUCAAAUCUAGUGGGGUAUGCCUUCCAAAUAUCCCGUGGAAUGGAAUACCUGGCGUCUAAAAAGGUAAAAUACUAACGGCUUUUCUCAAACAAAAUCAGACGCCCACAUUUAUUUAAAUGUUAUUUGCGGGCACUUGUUCUCUCGCCCUUUUCGUGAUCUUAUUCGUUAAUUUGACUGACAGUCUGGGCUUGUUGUUUUGCGCCGAGGUAAAUGUAGUUAUUCUCGCGAAGCGCAAGUACCGCGCGUGGUCUUAGCGACCUGCAACAUACAGCUAUUUCGAGAAAGGUUGUCGGAAAAAGUACACGGGACAAUCCCGAAAGGUCUUGUGGGUGGUUUUGAGUUCACUGUUCUUCAAAGAAUUUUGAAAGAAUGGCACAAAAAGCCAUAAACGUAUGUUGCACAUGCUAAAGGAAAGCAACAAGAGAAGAUUCGCCAGAGAUACUGGAUCAUUAUAAGGUUCUGGGAAACUGCCCACCUACCCCUCCCCUAAGCCAACAUUAACACUUUGUUCUCACUUAGGGCAAAAUGUUGGCUUAGGGAAGGGGUAGGUGGGCAGAUUCCCAGAAACGUACAAUUAUUCUCUCAUAAAUUUCGGAUCAUGACGCCGCAUUUAAGGGGAAAACAAAAACUAAAAAUUUAAUGGCAACACACAAACCUUAAUUAAACCAUUCUCCUAGUAACACUCUAAGAAAUAGUCCAGUUUUUAACAGAUGGUUUGUUUCUUGUGUAGCUGGGCAAUUAUUCACUCGAGUCUUAACUGAUACAAAUUAGGUAACCUAUUUAACGAUCAUAUGUACACCACCUAGGACGUAAUACCAAUAAGGCCAAAAAAAAAAAUAUCCUAUUUAUUUUAAGGAUGGAGGCCUUUAAAAACCAUACCCUAUCUGGCAGCAUGUACCUAACUAGCCUAUAUAUGGGAGAACUCCUCCCCCGGUUUUUAGUUUUGUGGUGACAAUUGAGUGUUUGAGAUAACGAUAAAUGACCUAAUUGACGCCCCCUUCCAAAGUCCGGGCAUGCAUAGAAGGAAAAUGUUUGGGGUUUAAUUUUGUUGUUGUUUUCUUUCUUAUUUGUUUGUUUAUUUAUUUACCUUUUUUCUUUUUUGGCCUGUCUAUUUGACCAGUGUAUUCACCGAGAUUUGGCGGCCAGAAACGUCCUCGUGGGAAAAGACUACGUUAUGAAGAUCGCUGACUUUGGUCUCGCGCGCGAUAUUUACAAGAGUGACUUGUAUGUGAAGACGACAAGUGGUGUAUUGCCAAUUAAGUGGAUGGCUCUGGAAUCGUUGUUUCAGAAGGAGUACUCAGAGAAGAGUGAUGUGUAAGUACAAGUAACAUGCCAAAAGUGUUGAAGGGGUAUGUGUUUAUAUGGAAACUGUGAAAGGUUUGAACCCAGGAGUCAUUUCAAAAGUAGGUUGAGUUUGAUUGUCCGGGUGAACGUAGUCCUGAAUAGGACUGUUGUUGUUGACAGUGACUGACGUUUCGACAACCUGUGCGGUAGUCAUCUUCAGAGUCAAAGUGAGUUGUAUCACGUCAGUUGAUGGUAUUAUACUCUGGUUAUUGAUCUGAUUGGUCAAUUACGUCGCGAUGUUUUUGGUCGUCUGUCAGUUAAGACGUGAUGUUAUUGGCUAUGAAGACUCGUAAUCAGUAAUUGGUGCGUUUCGAUCCAUCUAUUGUCACAGUCAAACAGUCGUCUAUUGUUAGUCAAAUUGUCAUUCUCUCGUAGUUAGUUUUGCUUCAUCUCGUCAAUAAGUAGUUUGUACGGCGCUGGUAACUGUAGCCAACAGUUACCAGCGCCGUCCACAAGAAACAAAUUUCCCGGAUUCCGGAAUCCACAAGCAACAAAUUUCCCGGAUUCUGGAAUCCACAAGCAACAAAUUUCCUGGAUUCUGGAUUCCACAAGCAACAAGUUUCCUGGAUUCUGGAAUCCACAAGCAACAAAUUUCCCGGAUUCCGGAUUCCACAAGCAACAAAUUUCCCGGAUUCUGGAACCCGGAUUCCUUACAUGUGGCGAGUUUUUUAAGUUCCUUGAUUUAUUUGCAUGCCAGUUUGAUGCCUGCUUUCAGUCGGCUGUACUGGAUUUAAGAAGCGUCUUAAUCAUCUGUUUCUACAAGUACACAGUUUAACUUUUUCCAAAUGCAAUCUUAUUCCCUUUCUUCUGCUUAGAGAGUUUACGUUUUAAACUUUGGCUUUGAACUUUGCAGAUGGUCUUUUGGUAUUUUAUUGUGGGAGAUCUUUACACUUGGCGGGACACCGUAUCCCACCAUACCUAUGGAAUCUCUCCUCGACUUUCUCAGUGAUGGAAAGCGUAUGGAAAACCCUCAAAACUGCCCCUCGGAGAUUUAUAACAUUAUGCAGAAUUGCUGGCUGGAGAAUCGGGAUAACCGACCAGAAUUUGUUCAAAUCAGCAUUUUGAUUGGCAAAAUACUCGAGCAACGUGCUUCCCAGGUGAGUCCUUUCAGUCCAGCAGAAUGGUGAAAUAAUUGUGGGGUUUAUGGUUAAAGCACCAAACUUGGCGUAAUGAUAGUUUAUGACACAGUAGACAAUAUUGGUUAUGGACCCCAUCUAGAUCUAUCCCAUGAUUUCAAAUACAGCACACUGGAGAUUCUUUGAGUUAAUUUAUAAACACCUCACGCUCCGCUAUUAAAACGUGAAGAUUUGAGGGAAAUAAAACAGUCGAACCUCUCGGUACGGACACCUCUCUAAUACGGACUCCUGACCGUUACGGACAGUUUCCAAUGUCCUGACAAAAUUCUCAUACAUUUAUUUAAAGAAAAACCUCUAUAAUACGGAACCUCUCUAAUACGGCAACGGACACUAAAUCUCGGCCGAGAGAGUAAAUUCAUAUAAACUGAACUUAACCUCCAUAUUACGGACACUGCGGUGAUCAGUCAAUUUCUCAAUUCUUGGUUGACUAUAGUUUGUAUAUCAUAUUAUCAUAUCAUAUGAUCAAAUAGACCUAUUCGGCUGACUCAAUGUUGUACCUAAUUCAAACCCUUUGGGAAUAAAACGUUUUGAUUCAGGAAUUUCCAUAUCAUUUAAAUGUGAAUGCCACAUUAUAAUACAAAUACAAUACACAAAGAAUCUUAUCCCCAGGAGAUUUGAAUUGGAUACAACAUUGAGUUAGCCGAAUAGGUCUAUUAUCCACUCCCCUCAGGGCUUUUCAGGGAUAAUUUACAACACUGGUUGGGGGACUUUGCCAGACUGCUUAAGGUGCAGUUUACAAGUACUGAAGGAACGAGUAAUGAUGCCCCCAUACAUGAGUGUGAAAGUGAGAUAGACCACUAUACCGGGCACUACGUGCCCUACUCUUUACGAAGAGUGUGUUCGUCCUUAUCCGAGAAGACUAGAAAGUCAAAUCGUUUGCAGAUGUUUUCACAAAGACAGCACUUUCUUCUCAGUUCAGUUUAAAGACCCUGAGUGUUGGUCCGGCCGGGGUUUGAACCAACGGCCUCCCACUCAGCAGACCGGCCCUUAUCCCAUUGAGUUAGCCGGGCGGCGGUUUUUUGUAUACCUCUAAGAAACUUCUAUACCCUCUGUAACAAUAAUGUUAGGAGUAAGUAAUGCGAUAAGUGGUUGCACGAACAGUUUGUGUAGGCUACCGCAUACGCAAAUGCCCCGUUGUUUUUUUAAUGGUUGUCAUCCGUCGUCAUUUACCAGUGUUUAAAUGCAGCGUAUCAAUCGGACACUUACGGAGCUAUCGGUAAUUUCCUCAACGUACAAAGUUUUUUUUAGAGAAAAUAUGGGAAGGAACGUUUGGGAUGUGUGAUAUACUGGGUAGUUCUAGUCUGCUUUACACCGCACUGAGGUAUGGGUGUGAUGGAAACUGGGCGUCUUUUUCUCUCAACAGAGAGUUGUAUCCGGGUACAUUAAGUUAACAGAAGAUAACAACUAUGGCAGAAACGAUUACUACCUCGAUCCGCUUGAUGCAGACUCAACAAUUCCUCGGACGAGAGCAGAUGUUUAUGACAGGUUAGUAAGUGAGAACUUUACAUUCAAGUACGAGAUUUGGCUUUAAGUUUUUUUCGCAUAAUCUUAAAAAAAGGACACCCUGGAAAGGUUCAUAGUACAUUUUUUCACCAGGAAAGUUAGAACUGUCAUCUUUAUUCAAAGAGGUUAAGCCCCCUGCCGGUCGCAAAAUCACAAAAGCUCAAACAUUUAAUAGCUCGUUUCCGCCACCUCGAAAUUCUUGCAAAAACUCGCAGUAGAAUGACGACGACUAUCACGUUUUUCCGCCAAAUUGACGCUGGUUCACGCGCGAGUACUCCUUAGUAUUGAGAACAUCUCGCGCUCGUAGUUGUACUCGUCUUAAAAUCUAAUGGUAUCUCUUCUUUCCAAUGAGUAUCCGGCUGUUAAUUAUACUCCAGUGAGCCAAUUGCAAAUGCGGGUAACAAGACGGUAGGGGGCGGGAAAAGGGGGCGCUUAUGAACCUUCUCCCUGAAGGAACCAAAGAAGUCUAACUAUGAGGUUUCUUCAAUUGCAAAGUGGUGGUAGGGCAAAAUAACAAAAAGAACUGUGUUAUUAACUAUGUUUUAACUGUAGGCGAUCAAGCCAAAAUAUCGUCCACAAGCAACAAGUUUCCUGGAUUCUGGAAUCCACAAGCAACAAAUUUCCCGGAUUCCGGAUUCCACAAGCAACAAAUUUCCCGGAUUCUGGAACCCGGAUUCCUUACAUGUGGCGAGUUUUUUAAGUUCUCAAAUUUGCACUCGACUUGUGCCUAUGAAUCACGAAAUGCACUCGCGUUCAUGCGCUUUUUUAUAGUACGCGAGAAAGAAAAAAACUGUUGAUCCUUGAUUUAUUUGCAUGCCAGUUUGAUGCCUGCUUUCAGUCCGCUGUACUGGAUUUAAGAAGCGUCUUAAACAUCUGUUUCUACAAGUACACAGUUUAACUUUUUCCAAAUGCAAUCUUAUUCCCUUUCUUCUGCUUAGAGAGUUUAUGUUUUAAACUUUGGCUUUGAACUUUGCAGAUGGUCUUUUGGUAUUUUAUUGUGGGAGAUCUUUACACUUGGCGGGGCACCGUAUCCCACUGUACCUAUGGAAUGUCUCCUCGACUUUCUCAGUGAUGGAAAGCGUAUGGAAAACCCUCAAAACUGCCCCUUGGAGAUUUAUAACAUUAUGCAGGAUUGCUGGCUGGAGAAUCGGGAUAACCGACCAGAAUUUGCUCAAAUCAGCAUUUUGAUUGGCAAAAUACUCGAG